AUGGCGCCAAUGGUUGGCAAGCCCCACAGCUACACCACCAAUCAUCCCCUGACCUCCAUCUCCCCUCGGCCCCUUGCUGUUCCGCUGCCUCGGAGGAUUCAGCCUCUCUUCUCGCCCGCUCAGCAUCCAACACCUGGAGUUCCUCAUCUGUUUACUCCGGCUCAAACAGGUUUAAAUGAGACAACGAACCACCGAGCUGUUCUCUUCUCCCUCACUUUACUGUGUUACCUUUUCAUUUUGCUUGCAAAUGUUACUCUUAUUGUCAUCAUCAUCUUGGAUAAAAACCUGCAUGAACCAAUGUAUAUUCUAUUGUGUGUGAACUGCAUGAAUGGGCUUUAUGGGACAGCAGGUUUCUACCCCAAGUUCCUCUGGGAUCUGCUUUCUCCUGUUCAUGUUAUCUCUUAUGCUGGAUGCCAUGUUCAGGCUCUGGUAAUGUAUUCAUUUGCCUGCAGUGAUCUGUCUAUUCUUGCAGUCAUGGCGUAUGACAGAUAUGCGGCUAUAUGUCGACCCCUAGUCUACCACCGUAUCAUGUCAAAGCAAAGACUGUUAACGUUAGUGUGUUUCUCCUGGUCAGCACCUUUUUGCAUGCUGGGCAUAAAUGUUAUUCUGGCAUCUAGAUUAACGUUAUGCAGCCCAUUUAUCGCCAGACUUUUUUGUGUGAACUGGAUGAUUGUUAAACUUGCUUGUUUCCCAGCUGAUACUAUGGUUAAUGGUAUUGUUGCAUACAUUACAAUAUUCAUUUAUGUCUUCCAUGGAUUAUUUAUAGUUUGGUCUUAUAUGUAUCUCAUCAAAACAUGUGUGAAUUCAAUAGAGAACAGGAGGAAGUUCAUGCAAACAUGUGUGCCACAUUUAACCUCCUUACUCACCUUCCUUGUAACAAUAGUUUUUGAUCUCAUGAACAUGCGAUUUGGUUCAAAAGAUUUACCUCAGACUGUUCAAAACUUUAUUGAAAUACAAUUUCUUGUCAUACCCCCCAUUAUAAAUCCUCUCAUUUAUGGUUUCAAAUUGACAAAGAUUCGGAACAGAUUUCUGCAUGGAGCUUGGAAGGUUGAUGUCAACAGUGACACUGGCUCGCCACCAGGUCUGGCAAGCACAGUCCCCCUUGUCGGAAGCAUGUCGUCGCACCCUCUGCACCCUUCCAGUGGUUCCAGGUCUUGUUCCAGAUCCUUGGGCCUGCUGCUCAGCAGGCACUGGAUCACAGUGCACAGGCAGAUCAGGCAAGGCAGAGGUUUGUUGGUCUGCAGCGGGGCCCAGGUCCUGUUCCAGGAGGCAGGGGUCCCUUGCCUUCCGGACACAGCCACUACUAUCCACCUGCUUGCCCAGGUGGACAGCCUUGAGUCUCUCACAAUACGGGGCACUAUGAUCAGCACCUCCGUGCUUCUUCCUGGCCAACCUUUCAGGUGCCAAGAACACCGGCCCCAGUGA